AUGAAAAAGAUGCAGGUGCCGCAUUUUUCAAUGAAGAAGGCAAGCAACAUGCCAACCCUAAAAUGCAUGCAUGUGGUCUUUUUUUUGCAAAGCACACCCUUAUUUGGGUGCUACCCCAUACAAUGUUUUUACAUGUUCAUGCUGUGGGUCCUCUUGCACAGAGUAUAAAUGCCCCUACUCGACAAAGGAUUUAACCAUUGAAGAAGGAUGGGAGAAAACUGAUUUUCUUGAGAUUGAUGAAAAACUGCGCCUCAAAAGAUCACAUAAAUAUCACUUUCAGGUGAAAAGUCAAAUGGGAAUCUCUGGCUAUAAAAUAACCUUUUUUUGUUGUUUGGACUUGCAAAGGGAAACCCCAUAUAGAGGUCAUUGUGUUUGACAAUGUGUUUUGGCGAGACAUUCUUUCUAUACUGAUUGUGUUUCUUAAAUCGUACGUGCAGAGAUUUUUGCUUCAUUUCAGGCCCAUUUGCUAUUGUUUCCUCUGUUCUAAACCAUGCCUUGAACCCGAGGAAUUUGAUGAUGAGGAAGAAAACAGCGUCCAGUGUCAAUCAUGUUCAUUGUGGUGUCAUUGGGCUUGUACUGGUUCUGCA